GGCACGCGGCUCGGGCUUCUCUUCCCCUCCAAGGCCUCGGAAAAACCAGUGAACCAGGAGCCCGGGGAGGCCGGGCCCACGGCCGGAGCGGUCCUCCGGGAAUUUUAUUUUAUUUUUUGUCGCCCACUUUGUCUAUUGGCUUCCGUUUCAGUUUGGGAGCGAAUCGCCUCGGGCCCUGACGGGGCUCCUGUCUUAGCCAGGGCUAGGAUCGGUCGGCCCGGAGGCCCUUGUCUCCUCGGGGCCUCCAGAGCCACCUCUCAGUAGGUUUCCGGGGCCGAGGACUCAAGUGCCUCCAGGCUGCGCCUUGAAAGUAGCCUGCGCCCACUCUUGGAGCGAGGUGCGGGCCACCAACGGAUUUCUUUUCUGUCUGGUAGUCUAGUGCCAGCCGCCAAAAGAACGGGCCCCACCCCUCCUUGAGUUUAUCGAGUGGCCACUUUUUUGGUUUUAAAGCACCUUUCCUGCUUGUUGGAGCUAGUGAUGAGUUUCACCGUCUGAUCCCCUUUCCGAUUGGGAGGGAUGCUGUAAAGGAUCUCUCCAUUCAUUCUAGGCGGCACCAGCCUUCUUCAUAUUAAAAUAUGCUGCCCUCCUUUUGUUUUCAGUAUUGAUUUUUAAAUACAGUUUUCGAAAUAAGAGUAUGAAGGUUAUCUUGAAGUUAUGUAAUAAUGGAUUUAUAUUGACGUGGAAAUGCCAUUUUGAUACAGGUCAGAGUAAAGCCGACCAAAAGGAGGGAAAAGAUUGGGCUUCUCUUGUAUCAUAGUGCUUUAGUGAAAUAAGGUGAAUCAGGUAGAGGCAGUAUUGUAUAAACAGUUUUUUUGUGUGUUGUCUGUGAGCACCCUCAAUUUCAGUUUCUCUUCAGUUUAAAAAUCUCUUGUUUUUUUUCCCCACAAGUAAGAGGGUCGCUGUAUGAUAUUGAUUCUUGUAAGCCUGUAUAUAGAUUUAAGAAAGGUUGAUAGUUUAACGGGGAGUAUUCACACCACGAAUGUAAUUUUGUGAGAACUUUAAUUUUUUUAUAAAAGAUAUUUCAAAGAGUUCAGUGUUCUCAUAAGACAUUCAAUUGCUCAGUUGUGAUUCAAGCAGACAAUGUGCUUAUUAAACUUUUUUAAGUCUUGAUUUUCUUCAUCAGUAAAAUGAGAGUUACAUUUCGAUCCACUUCACAGGUUGGACUUUGGGACUGGAAAAAAUCUAUCCCACAUUCCUCAAGGAGAUUUUGAUUCCUUCUUAAAGCCUUCUUGGAUACCUUUGUUCUGGUUUUUUGAGUUUCAGUACUAUACCAACUGCUUCCUAAGAAAGUGCUGAGAUAGAGUAUUAUAUAAUACAAGAGCUUCUGAGUCUAUCCUGAACUUAGUUCGUGUACAUUUUGGGAACUUAUUUUAGAAAAGAUCUAAGUUUUAAAAAAUUCUCAAUGGACAGACAGAGAAAAGAGGGUCUUUGCCAACUCCUUUGGACUGGUGCAGUCAGAAUGUCUUUCCCCCCUCAUUUGAAUCGCCCUCCCAUGGGAAUCCCAGCUCUCCCUCCAGGGAUCCCACCCCCACAGUUUCCUGGCUUUCCUCCACCAGUACCUCCAGGGACACCGAUGAUUCCUGUACCAAUGAGUAUUAUGGCUCCUGCUCCAACUGUCCUAGUACCUACCGUGUCCAUGGUUGGAAAGCAUUUGGGAGCCAGAAAGGAUCAUCCAGGCUUAAAAUUAAAAGAAAAUGAUGAAAAUUGUGGCCCUACUACUACAGUUUUUGUUGGGAACAUUUCUGAGAAGGCUUCAGACAUGCUUAUACGACAGCUCUUAGCUAAAUGUGGUUUGGUGUUGAGCUGGAAGAGAGUGCAAGGUGCUUCUGGGAAACUUCAAGCUUUUGGAUUUUGUGAGUAUAAAGAGCCUGAAUCUACCCUCCGUGCUCUCAGAUUAUUGCAUGACCUUCAGAUUGGAGAGAAGAAGCUACUUGUUAAAGUUGAUGCCAAGACAAAGGCACAGUUGGAUGAAUGGAAAGCAAAGAAGAAAGCUAAUGGGAACGCCAGACCAGAAACUGUCACUAAUGAUGAUGAAGAAGCCUUAGAUGAAGAAACAAAGCGAAGAGACCAGAUGAUUAAAGGGGCCAUUGAAGUUUUAAUCCGAGAAUAUUCCAGUGAACUAAAUGCCCCCUCACAGGAGUCUGACUCUCACCCCAGAAAGAAGAAAAAGGAAAAGAAGGAGGACAUUUUCCGUAGAUUUCCAGUGGCCCCAUUGAUCCCUUACCCACUCAUCACCAAGGAGGAUAUAAAUGCUAUUGAAAUGGAAGAAGACAAAAGAGAUUUGAUAUCCCGAGAGAUCAGCAAAUUCAGAGAUACACACAAGAAACUGGAAGAAGAGAAAGGCAAAAAAGAAAAAGAAAGACAGGAAAUUGAGAAAGAACGGAGAGAAAGAGAGAGGGAACGUGAAAGGGAACGAGAAAGGCGAGAACGGGAACGAGAAAGGGAAAGAGAACGUGAACGAGAAAAGGAAAAAGAACGGGAGCGGGAACGAGAACGGGAUAGGGAUCGUGACCGCACAAAAGAGAGAGACCGAGAUCGAGAGAGAGAUCGGGACCGAGAUCGAGAACGGAGCUCAGAUCGAAAUAAGGAUCGGAGUCGAUCAAGAGAAAAAAGCAGAGAUCGUGAAAGGGAACGGGAGCGGGAAAGAGAGAGAGAACGAGAACGGGAACGAGAACGAGAGCGAGAGAGAGAACGGGAGAGAGAACGGGAACGGGAAAGAGAGAAAGACAAGAAAAGAGACAGAGAAGAGGAUGAAGAAGAUGCAUAUGAACGAAGAAAACUCGAACGAAAACUGCGAGAGAAAGAGGCUGCUUAUCAAGAGCGCCUUAAGAAUUGGGAAAUCAGAGAACGAAAGAAAACUAGGGAAUAUGAGAAGGAGGCAGAAAGAGAAGAAGAAAGAAGAAGAGAAAUGGCUAAGGAGGCUAAACGACUAAAAGAAUUCCUAGAAGAUUAUGAUGAUGAUAGAGAUGACCCGAAGUACUACAGGGGUAGUGCUCUUCAGAAACGGUUGCGUGAUAGGGAAAAAGAAAUGGAAGCUGAUGAACGAGACAGGAAGAGAGAGAAGGAAGAGCUUGAGGAAAUCAGGCAGCGCUUACUGGCAGAAGGGCAUCCAGAUCCAGAUGCAGAGCUCCAGAGGAUGGAACAAGAGGCUGAGAGGCGCAGGCAACCUCAAAUAAAGCAAGAACCAGAAUCCGAGGAAGAAGAAGAAGAAAAGCAAGAAAAAGAAGAAAAACGAGAGGAGCCUGUGGAAGAGGAGGAAGAACCAGAGCAAAAGCCUUGUCUCAAGCCGACUUUGAGACCCAUCAGCUCUGCCCCAUCUGUGUCCUCUGCCAGUGGCAACGCAACCCCCAACACUCCUGGGGAUGAGUCUCCUUGUGGUAUUAUUAUUCCUCAUGAAAACUCACCAGAUCAACAGCAGCCUGAGGAGCAUAGGCCAAAAAUAGGACUAAGCCUUAAAUUGGGUGCUUCCAAUAGUCCUGGCCAACCUAAUUCAGUGAAGAGAAAGAAACUACCUGUAGAUAGUGUCUUUAACAAAUUCGAGGAUGAGGACAGUGAUGAUGUGCCCCGAAAAAGGAAACUCGUUCCCCUGGAUUAUGGCGAAGAUGAUAAAAAUGCCACCAAAGGCACUGUAAACACUGAAGAAAAGCGCAAACACAUUAAGAGUCUCAUUGAGAAAAUUCCCACAGCCAAACCUGAGCUCUUUGCUUAUCCUUUGGAUUGGUCUAUUGUGGAUUCUAUACUGAUGGAACGAAGAAUCCGGCCAUGGAUCAAUAAGAAAAUCAUCGAAUACAUAGGUGAAGAAGAAGCUACAUUAGUUGAUUUUGUUUGCUCUAAGGUUAUGGCACAUAGUUCACCACAGAGCAUUUUAGAUGAUGUUGCCAUGGUACUAGAUGAAGAAGCAGAAGUUUUUAUAGUCAAAAUGUGGAGAUUAUUGAUAUAUGAAACAGAAGCCAAGAAAAUUGGCCUUGUGAAGUAAAACUUUUUACAUUCAGAGUUACAUUUCAGAUUUCUUCUUUCACACCCUUCAAAGGACUUUGAAUUUUCGGUGUCUUCAAAGACAUUUGUGAGAUCUGUAAUUUUUUAAUGUAGAAAAUGUGAAUUCUUUUGUCCUCUAAUUUGUUGAUGCUCUGUGUACUCACUCGGGUGUAAAGCCAUCUGUGUCCUUGGUCCUCUUUAUGCUCACCAGGCACAGACUACUGGUGUGUUUUAUAAGCUGCAGCUACUGUACACAGCCUAUCUGAUAGCAUCUUGUUCUGCUGAUUUGUUCCUUGUAAAUAUUAAAAUGGCUCCCCAAUUCUUUUGCAGAAUUCUACUUACUAUUAAAACUGUAUUGUAUAGGCGCCAACAUGAAUAAGUUGAAUACUAGUCAUACCCUUACAGCCUCGUUCCCACUUUCCUGAUCAGAAAUGGCAAGCCCUUGUAAAGGCAUGGAGUUUAAAAUUAGAGUGCAAAACCUAGCAGACAGGUCCUUCCUAAUGUAUCUCUGUAUUAAUGUGUUUAUGUGAAUGUAUGUAUAAAAGUCUUUUUUUUAAUUUUUUUGGUGGGCUCCCUUAAACAUUUCGUAAUCAUCAAUGCACACAUAAAGGAAAAGUGAUAAUUGUGCCAACCCAAAUACCUAGGAUAAUUACGGUGUAUUUUCCAGAGACUGGUAUUCUGCUGUGAGCAACACACUGCUGACCAGUUUUGUGUUCUUCUGUGUAUAGGAUGAUACAUCAUAAUCUUAUCCCUCCCUCCACCUGAUGGCUCAGAAUUGAAGCAGAGUCUAGAAUUCUGGAGCAUUUUGCUCAAUAUAUUUUCAACUUGUCUUCAUUUAAUUUUGGCAUAUUCAUUUUAAUAAAACAAUUCCAGAAGUGUAAGGUGGGGGGAGGAGCUCACUUUCUUAUGACGGGGAUGACCUCAGUGAGAGAGCUAUGCUUGCUUAGCAUGAACGAGGGCCUGGGUUCUAUUCCCCGUACCAAUAAAGAAGUGAAUAAGGUAAGUUUACAAAAGAGAUUUGACAAAACACAAUAGUAGUUAAUUCACCAUGGUAGUUAAAAAUGUUUACAUCUUUCUUCCAAAGAUACAUCAUCCAAGACACAUUCAAGACAAUUUUCUGCUCACAAAAUUUUAUUACUGGUCAUCAAGCUUUAACUAUAUUGAUGACAAGAAAUCCUUGGACUUUAUUAGUAAUUCAGAAGAUCACUAGGGGCAAAAUUUAUUUGAAAAGUACCAAGUUCUAAACAGCUCUGUCAAGAAAUUAGGUGUGGCUGCUGCCAUGUUUGCUUACUAAAAAGAUAAAGACUGAGUUGUUAGAAUAAUGAAACUGUGAGCUUGAGUUACUAGGGUUUUUGGUUUUUGUUUUGUCUUUUUUUUUUUUUUAAACAUUUGAGAGGACGUCCAAAACACUGUUUUUAAUGUUCAACCUUGACAUGGUUUCAUUAUGUAAAUAUUUCAGUUAUUAAAAAUGUAUAUAUUUGAUCUUGGAGAUGCUUUCUUUGAGUCUUGUAAAUAAAUGACAUUAUGUUAUAA